AUGCUGCCCUGGAGGCUCCUGGGUCUGGUGGGCUUGCUCGUCCUCUGCAAAGGCCAGGAGGAGAGCGGGGCGGCCGAGUCCUGCGACGACUUCACGGACCUGGACCUGUCCCACUGCUUCAUCGGCACCACGCUGUACGUGCGGCUGCUCCUCUACACCCGCUCCAACCUCGACUGCGGCCGCGAGCUCAACCACCACCGCCUGUCCUCCCAGCCGCUCUUCAACCUCUCCCGGCCCACCACCUUCGUCAUCCACGGCUACCGGCCCACCGGGGCGCCGCCCAUCUGGAUCGACCACAUCGUCCACCUGCUGGCCGAGCAGGAGGACAUGAACGUCAUCGUGGUGGACUGGAACAGGGGGGCGGCCAACCUCAACUACUUCACCGCCGUCGCCAACACCCGCCAGGCCGCCUACAACCUGACCAGCUUCAUCAUGACCAUGCAGGAGGAGGGAGCCUCUCUGAGCUCGGUGCACCUCAUCGGCGUCAGUCUGGGAGCUCACCUGGCCGGGUUCGUGGGAGCGAACCUGAAGGGGAGGAUCGGCCGCAUCACAGGUUUGGACCCGGCGGGGCCGAUGUUCACCGGGGCCACACCGGAGGACAGGCUGGACCCGACCGACGCCAUGUUUGUGGACGUCCUGCACACGGACAUGAACUCGUUUGGACUGAGAGGCGCUCACGGCCACAUCGACUAUUACGCCAACGGAGGGGCCGACCAGCCGGGCUGCCCCAAAACCAUCUUCGCAGGAAAGUCAUAUUUCGUGUGUGACCACCAGCGCUCGGUCUUCCUGUUCCUGUGCGCCCUCAACCGAACCUGCAGCCUCACCGGUUACCCCUGCACCUCCUACAGCGACUUCCUGGACGGGCGGUGUCUGCAGUGCGAGGCCUUCAAGCCCGCCCCGUGCCCUGUGCUCGGUUACGAUGUCAGCAGGUGGAGGGACGCUCUGCUGCGACUGGGCCAGACCAAAGUUUACUUCAGCACCACGGCAACGCUGCCCUACAGGAAGCCGAGCUACCGGGUGGACAUGGUCACCUGGAACCAGUACCUGCGCUGGGGCGUCGUCUACAUCCGCCUGCACAGCGGCCGCAACUACACAGAGGCCCGGGUCGACCAUAAGCUGAUCCGGCUGGAGCAGUACACCUCCACCCGCCUGCUGGCCCAGUUCGACGAGGACCUGCAGCCCGUCCAGAAGAUCUCCAUGCGCAUCAGCACCGGCAACGUGAUCGGCCCGCGCUACAAGAUCAGGCUGCUGAGGAUACGCCUCACCCCGCUGGAGCGCCCCGACAGGCCGCUGAUGUGCCGCUACGACAUCAUCAUGGAGGAGAACAUGGAGGUGGCGUUCAGGCCCCUGCCCUGCAGCGCGCGCCUCUGACACACCUGUCCCAAACACACCUCUUCAUGGGAAACACACACACACACAUACACACACACACACACACACCACCGCCGUCCCUGCUGGAGGACACCCAUCCAUCCUCUGGGUGCUACAGGGUCUCCCGGGCCCCCCUGUACACCUGCAGGGGCGUCUCAGGAGGAGCCGGCUGAUGGAGUCGGCUCAGGUGGAGAGAAGAACCUGCGUGGGCGGGUGGGAGCCUACGGCAGCCCCACCUGGCAAAAAGAGAUUUUUCAUGGGAUUACAGCAGCAUGGGAUUAACAUCCAGGUGACAUCACCAGCUCUCUCUUCAUCUGUUUCUCCGGUGGCAGUUUCCUCUGCUGUCAGGAGACCGACUCCUCGGCCGCCGCGGUGAAACAAGCUGCACUGCGAACGCCUACUCAGGAAUUUGUUAUUUUUCCAUUUUUACAGAACUGAACACAGAAUGUUUAAUGACUUACAAACAUGAACGUUUGAAGGAACUCGACACACUGCUGUCUGGCUGCCAGGACUAAAGGAAUACUCCACUGAUUCUUCAAUAAUGAUUUGUAUAACUUAAUUGUUCAUUUAAGGGGCUACCUCACCUCUGUGCAUCCAGUGGUUCAGCUCCUGUGGGGGAAAGUCUAUGGGAGGUGUUAGCUUGGCUCUGUCAAAGUGAAAAAAUAAACCUUACAGCGACUCUGAAGCUGAUUUACACAGUGGACAGAGCCAGGCUAACGACUCCCAUAGACUUCAAGUCUUUAUGCUAAGCUAAC